AUGCGUGCUACCCUGCCACGCCUUCUCCAGUCGACUCGGGCUCUACGGCACGAGAAUCCCCUUGGGUUGCCGCGAGCGGGGACACCUCCUAGCUGGCCGAAACGACCGCAAAGGAGGAAGAUCACCGGAGUCGACAAAGUCAUUGCUGUUUCCUCAGCUAAAGGAGGUGUCGGAAAGAGUACUGUGGCUGCAAAUCUAUCACUGGCCUUUGCGAGGCUUGGGCUACGUUCUGGCAUUCUAGAUGUCGACAUCUUCGGGCCCUCUAUCCCUACCUUAUUUGACUUGUCUGGAGAACCGAAUUUAUCAAGCAAUAACCAGCUUGUUCCUCUGACCAAUUAUGGUGUGAAGACCAUGUCAAUGGGCUACCUCGUUGGGGAGAGUGCCCCUGUAGUGUGGAGAGGACCGAUGGUUAUGAAGGCAGUCCAGCAGCUCUUACAUGAAGUCGAUUGGGGCGGCCUUGAUGUCUUGGUUCUGGACUUACCACCCGGAACAGGUGAUACCCAAUUGACCAUUACGCAACAAAUCAUCCUAGAUGGCUCUGUCAUUGUGUCUACGCCCCACACAUUGGCAACGAAAGAUGCUGUCAAGGGAAUCAACAUGUUCAAGACUGUCGAUGUUAAUAUUCUGGGAAUGGUCCAGAAUAUGUCUCUUUUCACAUGCCCAAAGUGUAACGAGGCGACACACGUGUUUGGAUCAAAUGAGCGCGUUAAAAAAUUGUGUGCUGAGCACAGUAUCGAUUUCCUAGGUGAUAUUCCCCUCCACCCUAACAUUGGUGAUGAUGGUGACAAGGGCAAACCUACUGUGGUUUCAGAACCAACGAGUACCAGAGCGUCAUCAUUUUUGGAAAUAGCAAAGACAAUCUGCUCUAAAGUUGGCCUAAAUAAAGACUAG